GAACCUCGCGUCAAUUUCAUCGACGAAGCAACCCUAACCCCAACCCUUCAUCGUGUCAACUGUUUGUCUUUCAUCGCAACAGUUGCAAGAAAUUGAUACAGACAAGCACACUAUUUGAGAGCGGCUAAUUCUGUAUCCAUGUCGGCGCGCGGAAGAGGUCGCCCUCCGUCGCGUUCAGCGCAGGACCCCGGAGCAGGCCCGAGCCGCAGGUCCACGCGCAACCAGCAACAGCAGCAGGACCAACACAACGUGACACAGCCGGAUGAAGUAGAAGUCAAGCCGCAGCAGGAGGAGUACCCUCAAGAACUGCAACAGGAAGGGUCAGCUCACGGGCUGCCAGCCCAGCACGAGGUUCCCAUGGCUGCGCCUGUCUAUCACCAGAAUAUCGACCCGGCCAUCACGGGCACUCAUGAUGGUGCCAUGCCCCCUCCGUCUGUCCCCAUUGCUAAGAGCUUGCGUGGUCAGGCUGGUCCGCAUAUAGGCAUCGCCCGCCGGGGGACGCGCCGUGACGCCAGGGCCUCUAGCAUCGCCAGUGUUCACAGCAUCCCUGUCUCGGACGCCUUCUCGUCUCAACCUGAGCCCGAGUUCCAUGGCAACGUGUCCCAGGUGGGAACCCCGGCACUGGCCUUGGGCGCACGUGCUUCAUCCAUUGUCUCCUCUGGUGCCGCGGAGACGGCUAGCCAGAAAGCAGCAAAGGCCAAGCUCAUGAAGAUCAUGCUACCACGUACCUUCACGGCGACCGCCGAGCUGUUCACUCACCUCUGCGACAACUCGGUAGAUGAUGAGGUGUGGCAUACCGUGUACGAGGGCUAUAAGAAGGCUUUCAACACGUACCGUUCCUACUAUGUUGCCUACGUCACCGACCCUGUCCUGGAUCCGACCUUCGUCACCGGCACCAUGGGCAUUGACAGGGCUUCUUCGACAUGGCAGAUGGUCGUCAGGAUCGUGUCGGCCGCCAACAUCACUGCGUUUCUCGACGACGUUAGGACCUUUAACCAGCUGCAAGACCCGCUGCCUGUAUUGCAGGAGUGGGAUUCGACAUACUCCACCUUCUUCAGCUAUGGCGAACCCGAUGAGGGUUUUGGCGCAACGAUGAGGGAGCAGGUCAUUGAACACACCCUGAUGAUCCGCACACUUCUGACCAUCUUCACUCUGGAAAAGUUCCAGCGGGACAGCCUCACGCCGUUCCAACCCCUGCCGCAGCUUAUCAGGAUUUGGUUGGACGGCGACAUGUCCGUCGAAGACGUCCAGGCCGCUGUCGAUAACAAGAGAGAGGCUCUUCAGUUCAAACCUCUGGCACCGAGCGAUUUUGGGGCUGCUGCUUUCGCUAGAGAACGGAGCGUUACCCGAUUCUGUUCCAUGUGGGUUGAGUUACAGAAACAGGCUGGACAGCCCAACCUUAACCUCGGAGAAUUCUAUGCGACAUAUUCUCAGGAGGAGUUCCUGGAUAAUGUGCAGGAUUUUGUCAGAAAGUCGUUUGGGAGGAUCAAGGCGCUGAUUCACCAAGGAAGCUCUACGGGGCGGGAUUCCGCUUUGCCUUUCGCCCCCCCUGACGGCAACGCAAGGGCCGAUUCGCAGAUUCGGUCGCAACUGGAGGCCGACGCAAUGACUCACAGCUAUGGCGGAGCUGAGCCUAGCGCACAGCCGGCCGGGUACAACAUUGAAUCCCUGCGGAUAAUGAAACAACUGGAGCAGGCACCUGCCGCGUACGCCGAAGCCCAUCAGCACCCGGCCAGCUCUUACUCCCCCGCACCACGGAUUCCUUAUCCGCCGGGCUUCAGCAGCCCUUCCCCCAACCUAGCGUAUCCCGACCCGACGCAGCAGGGCGGGUUCCAGUCGGAUGGCUCGAUUUAUGCUGCGUCGGCUGCCCAAGUGUCGGGCAGGAAGCGGCGGGCUCCGAAAGCGCCUCCUAUGGCUGGCGAGGGUGAUGCGUCGGCCACACCCCAGCCCAAGAAACAGCGGACGAGGCGCAAGAAGAAUGCUGUCCCGGAAGGUGCCAUGGCUCCUCCUUCUACUGCUGCUCCGGCAGGCACACCAUUCCAGCCUUCCGUUCCGCCGUCGCAGUAUCCGCCUUUGCCUGGAACACAGGACGAGCCUGAUUUUGAUGCGCUCGCACAGCGCACAAAGGAGAUAUCAGCUGCCGCCCGCAAAGUGAAGGAGCCCCAAGUUCGCACGGCCUGGGUGCGUAGCGAUGUCGCGUUGCUUGUCAAGGCAGUUAACACCUACCAAUGCAAGUGGAGCGCCAUCGAGAAGGAAAUCAAGGCCGGCACAAUUCCAUUCCAGCGUCCGCGUGAUCAGCAGGCGCUGCGCGACAAGGCGCGUUUGUUGAAGCAAGACUUCCUGAAGGCCGACGCCGUUCUUCCGCGAGGUUUUGACCUUGUCGUUCUGGGUAAAAAGGAGAUAGAGGCCGUCAAGGCGGUCGGCAAGAACCCGUACCGCAAGGAAGCCGAUGUUGAUGAGCGUGGGAUGCCUAUCAACACGGAAUAUGCACCAGAGGCGGCAGCUGCGCCGGCACCCAUCCCUGCUGCGCUCCCGCCGGCAGAGCCUCAAUCUGAACAGCAGCUUUCACCUCAGCAGGAGGCUCAAGAACCUCAACCAGCGCCUCAGCCAGAGCCUCGGGCAGAACAUCAAGCAGAACAUCAGGCCGAACAUCAGCCGGCAAUGCCGGAGGGAUUUGUUGCAUAGAGUUCUCUCAUUUCUCGCUGGCCAUGAUGACGGCGGGAGAGGAAAAAGCAAAUCUGGCACUCUAGAAGGGCUUCUUACUUUUCCUGGCCCAGGCCAUCGAUACCUGACGGUUUGCCUAAAAAAAGCGCAGUUCGGUACCGGCAGAUUUGUGUUUUGUGGAUGGUAUGGGAAUUCACUGUCCUCGGUUCACCAGGAAGUUUGCGGCAGACCACUGGCAGCCUCCUCAGCGCAAGAUGUUUUAGUAGCACAGAGCGAUGUUCGAUUCUGAAUGAGAGUUGGUGGCCAAGUUCAACCGGCCUAACUAGGGAGGCAUCC